UUGUUUCUGUUUUUCACUCCAACAGCAACAACGGAAUGGAAAAUGUUUUAGGAAAAUUGUUUAAUAUUUAUAUUUAAUUUAUAAAUGUAAUAUUUAAAAAUCUUUGAAAGUAUUUGAGUUGUUAAAAAACAGUUUGGCGUAGCCACAUGUUUUUAGUUGGCUAAAAUGGAACGCUUCGCUUUUAAAAUUAACAAAGCCCUCAAAGAAAGUUUAUAUAAAAUUUGUCGCCUCUGUGGAAUCGAUAAUGAUUUGGUAGAUAAGGUUCCUAUUCUAAAUGAAGAAGUUGUGGUAAAUAUUGACGAUGAGCCACAGUUAAUAAAGAAAAUUGAGGAUUGCGUUGGAUUUACGAUUACUAAGGAUGAUAAAAUGCCACAAAAUGUCUGUCGGAUAUGCUUGGAUAAAAUAAAUGAUUUUUACGAGUUUCGUGAAAUGUGUUACGCUACAAAUAUACAAACCAGAAAGCUUUUGGGUCUAAAGAGUCUGGAUCCUAAGAAGGCAGUGGCAAAACCGUUAAUCGAAAUCAAGCCUGAAGUUGACGUAAAGAUUGAAGUGAAAGAGUGCAGUCCAGUUUCAAAACGUCCUCGGAAACGUAAAACGGAUGAUCCUACACCCAAAGUUAAGCUGGAAGAUGAUAAGGAAAUUAAAACUGAAAAACAAGGCAAUUUAAAUACUAGUAGUAGUAUCCCAAGUCGGAAGAAAUUGCGUUUGGGUGAAUCUUCGACACAAAAAAAGCAGAAACCCUUGCCAGAAACGAAACUGACUCCUAAAGUGGAAAUAAAUAAUGAGCCAUCUCAGAUUUUAUUAGGUGCUUUAAAGUUAAAACAUUUAUGCCUAAUAUGUGAUCAGCGGUUUAGUAACAAAGUAAAAUUGGAUCGACAUUUAGAGGUUGAUCAUAUACCCAACAUCUUGCGCUUCGUUUGUACUACUUGCAAUGAAAUAAUAAACAAAUCAAACGACAUUAAAAACCAUCAACUCUGGCAUAAAUUAUCGAAGACACCAUAUGAAUGCGCACUUUGUAACGAAAAAUGCAUAAGUAUAUAUGCAUAUUCAAGACACUUACGGUUACACUGCUGUGAAAUAUAUACCCCAAAUUAUGUGCUUGAUAGACAAUGUCCUCAGUGCAAAGAAACAUUUGUGACAAACUUUUUAUAUAAUAUACACAAAUGCGCCUUACGUACAAAGAAGUGUGCAGGUUGUAAUCGGAUACAACGCACUGAAACAGAUUAUCUGAGGCAUUCUGCGAUUUGCUCAAAAACUUAUUUAAAUUAUUCAAAACAUAUUCCCGCCGCUAUUGCCGCUGAAGCAAACGUUUGGAUUAAAAACGAAAAUGAUGUUGAAGAUGCACCUAACGAACAGGCAUCAAAAGCAACAAAUGCUUGUAGUAUGGCCUCAGAUAUGACCCCAAUAGUUUCUCUUACACGUAUACCCACACCUUUACUAAUGUCAGCAAAUCAAUGUGUUGCUAUACCUAACACUAGUGCUGAAGAUAGUGAACUCACUCCACAACCAAGUCCAUUAAAACAUGUUAAAAAGAACACCAAAAAAGGAGUUUUAAAACGAGAUCUUAAGAGAGUAGAUGAUCUCCUUAAGUCAACAAUAGAUACCUUUGUUAGUAUAAAACAUGAACCGGAAGUGCAUGUUGAUACCGACGCUGAUAAUGUGACACCGUUAAUUAUUGAGCAAAACGACACCGAACCCGAGGAUAAUAAUUUUGUUAAUGAUGAUAAUGAUUUUCAAAAUGAUGAUGAUGAUGAUGAUUAUGUCAAUAAUGAUCUGCCAAAUAUACUUGAAAAUAUGCAGCACACAUUGCCUGUGAAGCAAGAAAAAAUUGAUGAAUCAUAUAACGAUACCAAUGUAGAAAUGAGAAUUAAAAAAGAAAACGUGGAUAAUAAUGAAGCAGUAACAACUGCUGAAAAAGUACCAGUUCUAAAAAUAAAAAUUAAAAAGGAACACGGCACACUUAAUUCAUCAUUAGUCGAUGAAUGUCCAAUAGAAAAGAAGAAAAAGAAGAAGAAACGUAAAGAAGAUAAAGAACGAACCAAAAUGGUUGAAAAAACUCAAAAUCUUGUGGAAGCAGCUAACACUCAAACAAAUUUGAACACGGAACAACCAACCGCAACAGUUAUAGACUUCAAUGCUAUACGUAUCAAGCAAGAGCAUGUUGAGGAACCAGAAGAAACUAGAAUACACAAUGCUAGUAACGAUGGCAAUACACAUCCUGAGGCUACAAUAAUGACCUCUAUACCACUUCUACAGUUUCAGAUUUCUUGUGUAUCAAGCGGAGUUGAGUUUAACAAAGAUAUUAAUGCCGACACUGCUUUUAAUACCGCAACACAAUCGCAAGCAAGCGUUAGUGCUAAUAUUCAAGAGGAAUUGAGGGAUAUAAAGCCAACUCAACAAGACUUAGAUCGAAUGCUACAAAUAAUGAAUGUUAGCAGCGGCAUACAGAUGCCAGAUGAUGAAAAUAUAAAUGAACCCUCAAACACUAAAGAAGCUAAUGAGAAAUCUCCAAAUCUCAAAAAUCGUAAUAGAAUCUCGCAAGAGAAUAAACUGAGAGCACCGGCUAAAAGUGACAAAUCCAAAAAAAUUAGAGCACCUCAUAAAACCUCCAAUAUGGAGCAAAGUAAAGAAUCGCAACAAACUACAGUUUCUAUGAAUUCACUGCCAUAUAGAAAUUUGCCUUUAAAUAUUGUAAUAAAACCUGAACCAUGUAAUCGUGGCUAUAGUGAUGAGAUUCCCAGUGAUGAUACUACAGAAAGCGAUAUUACAAACGCUUUAAAUAUAAAUCAAUCAAGUAAUGAAAUGGAAACAUUUGAUUCUAAUGAAAUAAAUGCAACAAAUGCUUUAAAAGAAAAUCAAGUAAAUGAUGAAAUGAAUACAUUGGAUAGUAAUGAAACAAAUGCUUUACAUAUAAAUCAACAAAGUGAUGAAAUGGAAACUUUCAAUAGUACUUUAGUUAACGACGUCAAUGCUGGUAGUGUAAAUCAACAAAAAUAUGAAAUGGAAUUAUUUGAUAAUAAUGAAACCACAAAAAUAUCACCACCACAGAAUACUAAAAUCACUUCAAAAGAAGCAGAAGAAGCAGCUUAUAUUAAAUCCAUUGAUUUUUCCAAUAUACAAAUUAAGCAAGAAAAAGAUAUUGAUAUUAUAGAUGAACAUGUCGAUAGUACCACUAAAAAAGUGUCUGUGAAUAAGAAUCUCAGAAAUAAAUUGAAAUUGAAUUCAACUCGUGAUUUUUCCGCAGAAGACAACCAAGACUUCGAGAGCAGUAGUGAAGAGGAAGAUAGCAGCAGCGACAGUGACUAUGAUAUGUCAGAUGAAGAACAACGAGAAUAUCGCGAAAUGGAAUUACCACCACCGCUAAUGUCAGAAAAUCAAAAGAUGAACGAAAACAGCGAUACCGAUAUAAUAAAUAAUAAAUCUAAUAUAAGUGUAGACAUAAAUACGAAAAAUGUUACAAAUAUAUCCGCUUCAAAUAUGGAGGAUCAAAUUAGCAUUGAACAAAAUGCUGGUCCUUCACAGCUCAUAACAGAAACGACAGAAGCUCACACAGAAAUUGGUAGCGAUAACACAUUAAAUAUUCAAGCUGAUUUCUUAGAGCCCACAAAUCUUCAAGAGGGUACAUAUAGUUUAACUUCAACGCAGCAAAAUGAAAUUUAUGAUAAACAAAGUAAAGAAACUAUACCGUUGUUAAAAGAAAGCCAGGAGCAAUCAAAAGAAGUUGGGUGCGUGGAUGAAUGUAAUGAGCAAAUUGAUUUAUAUACAUCCAGAUAUGCAGAACAUACUGUCACUGAGUCUAGUAUAUCAACACCACCCGAAGCGUGCAUUGAACAAAAUAUAGACAAAAUGCCACUACUAAUUGCAGAAAGUCGGGAACUUCAAACACAAAAGUGCAGUGAUACUGUAUUAAAUAUUCAAUCUGGUUUGUGUGACGAAACAAAUCAAAUGAGUACAUCAGAUGAGAAGUGUCGUAAGGAAAUUGCUAAAGAGGAGUAUAAAGAUGAAAUUGCUAGGGACGCUAUGUUAAGUGUUGAAACUGAUUUGAGUACAGCCACACACUUACAAGAUGCGAACGAAGAGUUGAUGUCGACUACCGCACAUGAAAUGGAUUAUAAAUCUAGUACAGAAAAUCCAUUUUUAAUAACAUCUGUUUACAGUCAAGCCGGAGAUAAUAUAUCUAAUUGCUUACUGCCUGUUGGAUCAAAUGAAAAUGGUAUAGAUAGUCACACUCCUGCCGAUUCGAAUCAACAGCAAGAUUUUAGUUUAAAGAUUAGUGCUAUUGCAUCCGGUUGUGCUGGUUUAUCAUUUGAAUCGACUGCUGAAGUAGCUGCAAGUGAAUCAGUUACAUUAGAAGACGAAGUGCAUGAAGAGCAACAUGAUACAUCAAUCCCUCAUGUGCAAGCGUUGUGUGAUUCAAUAUUAAAUAAUGAGAUGAAUGAAAAUAUAAGUACAAUAGACACAGAUAAUACGAAAUGUGAUGUUGGGAAGUCUGUAACAAUAGAAGGUGAGGUGUCUGAAGAUAAAAUUGUUACAUUACAAGCACAACCUUAUGAUUUACCAGUAAAUACUGCAAUUGUUGAAAAUUCUACAGAUAUUAUGGACAGCAAUAUCGAGGAAGCUCAAAAUUUAUUAAAUCAAGCACGAUUAGACGGACUUGCAAAUGUAACUAAUUCGGGCAAUGCAGAAGUUUUUACUGAAAACAUCACUGAUAUAUUACCUUCCAGUAGCGUUAAUUCCUUAACUUAUUUAUCAACAAUUAGUUCUGAACCUCUUUUAGCAGUUAACACAAGAAAUGAAGAGACUGAAAAUAUCAUAAAUGCGAAUAGAGAAUUGGAAGAUCAACAGCAGCAAUUGUUCCAUAACAACAGUGACAGCAACAAUAGAAACAUAAAUAGAUUAUUACUUGAUAACAGCAAUAUAAAUGAAAUUGCCGAAAACAAUAAUAAUGCUAAUAUUGAACGAGAAAUACAAUAUGAUAACGUUAUAGAAAAUGUUCAGCAACAGAUUGCUGAAGAUAAUGUACCAUAUAUAGCAGAACAUGACGUUACAUAGACAUAGUUGAAAUUAUUUAAGUAUGUGAAGGCUAGGUAUAAAACAUGAUAUAUCUGAUUAAGAAUUAUUCCAAAUAUUAUGCAGGAUGCUUGACAUCAAAGUGAAUUUAUCUAAUGGAUGUGCUUUCUUCGUUCAAGAAAUGAAAAAAUUUGUAUGAGAAGAUUCGUUCGACUUUAAGUAUUACUCGCAUAGAGUGGUGUUAAGGCACACUCAAGGGUUUAAACAUCCUGAGUCUAAAGAAUCUCAAUGUCAUUAAUAUUUUUAAUACUACUGUAGUUACAGACCUUUUCAUUAGAAAGAUCAUCCAGCAAAAACAAAUUACAAACUAAAAAAAGCUAAAAUCGCUUUUAAUAUGUAUUUUGUUUUAGCAUCAUUGUUCAAAAAAAAUCAGAGACAUAUGGAACAUUUAGAAAAGCGUUCUCUUUUACUUGUUGGAUGUAUAUACUAUUAAAUGAAAGAUUCAUAAAAUCAAAUUUUAAAAAAUUAUCGGCUACAAAUAUAAUUUUUGGGGUCUACAGUUUUUUAAAACCGCAAUUUUUCUAAAGGUUACAAACUGAAUAAAUUUGCUCCUACCAGGCGAUUGUCAAAGGGAUUUACGCAGAAUUACAUGUACUGCUUUAUGAUGUUGACAAUCUAAUAUUAAGAUUGAAAAAUAUCCGCUUCUAAUACUAAAAUGGAACCGCACUUCUUUAAUUCAUUAAAUUUUUCGCUUCUUGAUGGUAAGGAAUUACCUCUCAUUCGUAACACACUUUAUUCGAACGAAGACAUCCUAUAUGUAUGACUAUAUAAUUAAAAAAAACAAUAUAUAAUAAUUUCUGCAAUAUACAUAUAUAUAUGUAUGCUCAUAAAGAAGUCAUCAUCAUAAAUUAUGCUUAUGGCUUAUUAUAUAUUUGUACA